UGUGUGUUUGUGUCCCCCUAGUGUUCAGACGGUGAUAAGGCGUGCCACCUGUGGACGGUGGUGGAUCUGGCCUUCUUUGUGCUGAUGGGUAUAGUGGGGGGGCUGCUGGGCGCUCUCUUCAACUGCAUCAACAAACGCCUCGCCAAGUACCGCAUGAAGAACGUCCACCCCAAGGCCAGGGUCAUCAGGGUGUUGGAGAGUCUGCUCGUUUCCAUGGUGACGACGGUGGUGAUCUUCGUGGCCUCGAUGACCCUGGGAGAAUGUCGGGACCUGUCUCCCCCCACAACACACAACUCCACUGUGCUGGAGGCAGUUAAUGUAAAUGUGGAUGUGAACUCCACCAUCAGGCAGUUCUUCUGCUCCAAUAAGAGCUACAAUGACAUGGCCACGCUGUUCUUCAACCCUCAGGAGGUGGCUAUACAUCAGCUCUUCCACCAGGACGCUACCUUCAGCCCGGUGACUCUGUCCAUCUUCUUUGUGCUGUAUUUCCUGCUGGCGUGUUGGACGUACGGCGUGUCCGUCCCCAGCGGUCUCUUUGUCCCCUCGCUGCUCUGCGGGGCGUCUCUGGGGCGACUGGUGGCCAACGUCCUUAAGAUGAACCUGGGUAUGCAGAUCUACCCCGGGACCUUUGCUCUGAUUGGUGCAGCUGCCUUUAGGGGCGUGGUCCGCAUGACCAUCAGCCUGACAGUCAUCCUGAUCGAGUCGACCAAUGAGAUCACUUACGGCCUUCCCAUCAUGAUCACACUGAUGGUAGGGGACACUUCGUCAGCUUGA